AUCAUGGACACAUUCACCACAGACAGACAUCAAUAGCAGCACCUCAACGAAUUAGGGGGCAUCUCCAGUCAUCGCCUACUUAUUACCCAAUUCUAUCAACACAACACAGGUGAAUCGCGUAUGGGUGAAGCAGUUGGGAGGAAGGGGGACUUUGCGCCUGCCAUGCGAGGUUUCUAAAAGGCUAUUUCACGAACCUCAAGAGAGCAGAGGAAGGAAUUAUAGAAGAGCGAGAGCGACCUAGAUCAAAUCGCAACGAUGGCGCAACCACCGCCCCAACAGCAGCAGCAGCAGCAGCAGUUCGCGAUGCCGAUGCCCCAACGGCAGUUCUCUCCCCAGGAACCGACCGCGACGUCACCGGGAGGAGCGCCUCAGCAACAGUUCUCCUUCCCACCAAACAAGCGGCAGCGACUGUCGCCAAAUCCACCCUCGCAGCCAGGCUCACCUUAUAGCACUUCACCUUAUGCGAUGAGUCCUGGCGCCUCGGGUCCGCAGUCGGCCGCCGCGUCCCCUCAUUUUACCAACGUCCAAAUCCCACCCAAUGUCUAUAAUACCCCCUACGCGAAUGGGCACACCACGCCUACGGGCAACCUGAAUCUUUCUCAAGCGCAACCGAGCCCCCAAUUACAAAGGACGAAUUCACUCACCUUUCCGAGUCAGAAUCAAAGCCCGAACUCGGUUAUACCUCCAAACCACGGUCUUCCACAGAACCACGGUCCUCCUCAAAAUCACAGCAUGCCCCCGAACAACAACGGUUUUGCCACAAAUUACAACUAUACCGUACCCAUGCAGGGCUCUCAAGGCGCAGGUAUGAUGGGUCCUCCGUCGAAACCCCCAGAGAAACCCAAGGAAGAUGGACUGGAUGGGAUGGAUGUUUUAGGUGGUACUGGUGUCGAUCUUCGAGAGGAAGAAGCAUACUUGAUCAAUGAGUCGUUCAACGCGCAAACCACUGGUUCGCAGGCUGGCCAUUUCACCCCCGGACACAGUUUCUCUCAGUUCCCUCCUGGAGACAAGAGUACUUUCUACGGAUCAGGUCCUGCGAACUCGGGCAACGAAAUCACAAGUAUAGAGGCGCAAGAUGAAUUUCAAAAGAGAACCGCAGACAACGCAUGGCGCGAUGCAACUCAUGCACUUGCUACAUCGAGACAGCACGAGUUGAAUAACCCAUUUCUUGAUAUUGAAGUCCUUCAACGAAGAGCCGAGAAGCUUGCUCGAGAAUAUGGCCUAUCUCUGAAUGUCGAUCGAAAUGGCAAGAUGGGCUCAUUCAAGCUACCGCAUCAGUUUUCGACUUCUACACUAAAUGUUCAUUCCAAUACCGUCCCUGGAAAUAGUACUUUUACCCAUGUUACUGGUAGUUUCCUCCCUGUGGACACCCAACUUGCAGAUCAGAUUGCGCUCAUGUCUUUGGCUACGAAGCAUCGUAUGCGAGGUCUGGUCGAGGACGCUGCACAACUAGCAAUGGAGAGACGGGUGGCUUCCCAUGGGGUAGUCCCACCAGACUGGUCGGAUGUUGCUGUACCGCUCAACGUCAACGAAGGAACCAUUGCCCCAGAAGGUGGUGUACGCGCUGGAUGGGAGGGCGCAGUUGAUCCCAAGCCGCAAAAACGUAUGUCAGAAAUAUCGAAAUAUUUAUUCACUCUUGCACCCGGCUAACAUGUGACAGGCUCUCUCUCAGUUGCAGGUGAAACUCCUAGAAUGUCUAACCCAGUGGUUUUUACUCUUCGAGAAUUAGCUACGAAGGAGCGGGAUUACGAAGAGGAACGUCUGAAAAAACGGCAAAAGCGAGAAACCCCCAGCAAUGCAUCUCGACCAGGCUCCGUUGUUGGUACGCCAGGUUCUAUCGCUCCCGACGUUUCCGAGAAAGCCCCGACCAAGAAGGAACAGAGCAAAAAAGCUCAAGCCAAGGUCAACGAAGCAGCAACUCACGCAGCUGCCAACAGCACCAUGUCGGCUUUUAUGUUUGGCGGAAAGAAGCAGAAGAAGUAUUCCUGGAUGACAGGCGGUGGUAGUGGUGCUAGUACUCCUGGACGACCUGUCAUCCCUGGAAUUGGGGCGCCUACCGGCCCACCCGUUCCCGCAAAAUUGACGGUGGAUGGUGUGAGACGGCUGGGUAGUUGGCGCGAGGAUUCGGAGAAAGGGAAGCAUAUUCAAUUGCGAGAUUUGAUCUUUGUCUUGGAACAGGAUGGACAACAGAAAAAGGCUUUACAGGUGGCUUAUUUGGCUGUGGGGGAGAGUGGACCUAAGUGA